CACUCCUCAUUACGAAUCGGACUCAAUGAGAUGCUGACGAUAUUGGCAUGGGCAUUUGCUAUCUGGGAAUUAGCAAAUGCCGUCAGCAGCAUAUUUGGUCCUCCAAAACUUCUCGUUCAACCGCCAGAGGAAGUGUGGUACCAAUUAGAUCAGAACCUCAGCCCUCAUGCUCGUCCAACGCUAAAAUGCCAGGCAUCUGAGAAUACAGAAUCGUUUGCGUGGUUCAAAAAUGGCGCCCCACUAAAAAUCGGCGGUGAUAUCGAAUGGGUAAGAGCCGGUCAGUCGGGGACCAUACAAUUUGUUCGCCCAAAGCGAUACCAUCAAGGCUAUUACCAAUGCUUCGUCUCCAAUAUAUUCGGAACUGCUGUGUCAAACAAGGUCCACCUACGUUUAGGAGGUUUGUGGUUUUAG